GCCCAGGAGAUAACGGGACCCUGGGCACGCCGCCAAAAAUAUCUCGUCCAAAUCUGGUCCAUUACGUAACGUCAUACACGCGGUUUUUUUAUCUAAACAAACCGAGGAUGGAGAUGGAUCAAGGCCGCCGACAAUUAUACACUACGUGAUUGAAAUUAAACGGUGCCAUCAACCAAACAAUAAUAAUACCGACGUCGACCAAUCCGAUCGAACCCAUUUCGCGUGCCCGCAACACCACCACCAGCAGCCAGCGGCUCUAACCUCACUUCGAGAUGAGACGUCGAUGUGUGUCGAUGUGUUCCUCGCGUUCGGUUACUUAACUAUGACUUAAGUUAGGGAUUCGAUUGGUUCUAGUGCCUUAAUUGUACUUAAAUAUGGAUUCGAGCAAGAAGUACGAUCACCCCUCUCCGGAGGAAUCGGCGAAUCCGCUGUCGAAGCUGUUCUUUGUCUGGAUCUUGCCAUUUUUCAAAUAUGGCUACACGAACGACUUACAAGUCAAAGAUUUAUACAACUGUGCCAAACUCGACGUCUCCGGCUCCCUCGGCGACGAAAUGGAACGAAACUGGGACUACGAAGUUCAAUCCGCCCUCAAGUCCGGCAAAAAACCCAGCCUCUUGCGCACCCUCCGGGUCACUUUCAUCAAAUCCUACUCGGUCGCUGGAGUCAUAAUGUGCCUACAAUGUUCUCUACUCAGGAUGUAUCUGCCCGUGAUCCUCGCACAAUACAUCAGCUAUUACGAGAUAAACAGCAAAGACCGGUCGACCGGAAGCGGAUGGGGCCUUGCUACCGGAGUAAUUCUAUUAUCAUUCGUGAGCAUCCUCAUCGUACACCACACUAACUUGUAUUGCCAGAGGAUAGGAAUGCGGAGUCGGAUAGCCACUUGUUCCCUGAUAUACCGAAAACUGUUGAAACUAAGCCGCGGCUCCUUGGGUCAAGUCGCCGUGGGGAAGUUGGUCAACUUGCUGUCGAACGACGUCCAGCGGUUCGACAUCGCGUCGGGAUUCCUCCACUACAUCUGGAUCAUGCCCAUCGAGACGGCGAUCGCUUUCGGCGUCAUGUACCACAGCGUGGGCUGGGCUGCCGUCGCAGGUAUCGGCGGGAUCGCCCUCCAAGCGGUGUUUCUUCAAGGCUACCUCUCCCGUCUCCAAGGGAUCUACAGGAUGAAAAUCGCCCAGAAAACCGACAGUCGCGUGCGCCUCAUGAACGAAAUCACCGCUGGAAUUCAAGUGAUCAAGAUGUACGCCUGGGAGAAACCCUUCGAGAAAGUGGUAGCUUUAGCCCGCAAGUACGAGAUCAAAAUCGUCGCCAAAACCUCCUACAUCCGAGGGUUCUCUCUCGCUCUAAUGGUCUUCACGGAACGCGCCGCCGCCUACUUAACCCUCAUCACCUACGUCCUCAUGGGGAAUAAACUCACGGCCGACGUAGUCUUCGCCGUGGCGCAGCUUUUCAACACCGUGCAACUCUACAUGUGCAUUCUGUACCCCCUCGGCGUGUCCACGUUCGCCGAAGCCAAAACCUCCGUUAAGAGAAUCGAAGAGUUCCUGCUCCUCGAAGAAAACAAUGCGACCCCCCAGAUCACCUCAGUCGCCGAAUCCGAAAAGAACGGCACCGUCAAGCUCAACCAAGUCAGCGCGAGUUGGGUUCCCAACCCCAUCGUCAGCACCCUCCUGGACCUCAACGUCGACAUCAAACCCGGUACUCUCUGCUGCGUCGUGGGUCCCGUAGGUGCCGGGAAGAGCUCCUUCCUCCAACUUCUCCUCAAGGAGUUGCCCCAAAACUCCGGUAAAGUCGACGUCACCGGGAGCAUUUCGUACGCAUCGCAGGAACCCUGGUUGUUCGUCGCGUCCGUGCGCAACAACAUCCUAUUUGGUCAACCUUUCGUCAAAAAUCGCUACAAAGACGUGGUGCACGUGUGCGCUCUAGAAACCGACUUCGAGCAAUUCCCUCACGGCGAUAAAAGUUUAGUGGGGGAAAGGGGCGCUUCGUUGAGCGGAGGGCAACGUGCCCGCGUCAACUUAGCCCGGUCUGUUUACAGAGAAGCCGAUAUUUACCUCUUCGAUGAUCCCCUGUCCGCCGUGGAUGCACACGUCAGCAAACAUUUGUUCAACGAGUGUAUCGUCAAGUAUCUGGAAAACAAAACGCGAAUUCUGGUUACCCACCAGCUGCAAUUUUUGCGGCAGGCGGAUUUGAUCAUCGUUCUCAAUAACGGACAAAUUGAAAAAAUCGGGACGUUUGCUGAAUUGUCGGAAAACGAACUGAGCACUCUGAAUUUGGAGCAACCCGAAGAACAGAAGGAAGACGAAGUACAUCAGAGGGAGCGCCUUAUGUCUGUAGUCUCUCUGAAUAGCACCGUGCCCGACGACGACGAAGAAGCAGAAACCCAAGAGACGCAGGAGUUGAUGGAGAAGGGCGCGAUUCCUACGACCACCUACUGGCAGUACUACCGAGCGGGUGGUACCAUCGCCGUUCUUCUAUUCCUCAUCCUACUUCUCGUUAUAGCGCAAGCCAGUUGCAACGCGUCAGACCUUUGGCUCACUUACUGGACAAACAUGGAACAACUCCGGACGAGCUCGUCCGAAACUACUAACGGGAACGACAGUUCCACAAACCAACUAAAUAUAUCCGAAGCUGACGCUAUCACCCCAACGACGACCUUGGCAGUGAACCUAACCACUGACCCAUCCAACGUCACCUUUGACGUCCGGUCUUCUCCUUUCCCCUUUAACAUAACAAGUGACACCCGAUCCGAAGAUAUGAUGUCUCAAUCCACGUACAUCAUCAUCUACUCGAUUCUCAUCCUAUUAUCGAUCAUUCUGACCACCGCUCGGUCUUUCCUCUUCUUCAGAAUCUGUAUGAACGCAUCGAAGCGUCUCCACAACCUCAUGUUCAGUAACGUGCUUCAGGCCACGAUGCGUUUCUUCGACACGAAUCCGUCGGGCAGGAUUUUGAAUAGGUUCUCGAAGGAUAUGGGUGCUAUGGAUGAACUGCUGCCGCGGGCGAUGAUCGAGGCCAUUCAGAUUUUCCUGGUGAUGGCUGGAAUUUUGACCAUGGUGUUUAUAGUGACUCCUUGGAUGGUUGCCGUAGCGAUCGUCCUAGGACUCCUAUUUUACUGGUUCCGGGUGAUUUAUUUAGCGUCGGCUCAGGAUGUCAAACGCCUGGAAGGAAUAACUCGGGCACCAGUUUUCUCACACGUCUCUGCUUCCUUGUACGGUUUACCGACGAUCCGCUCGGCGAACGCCCAAAAUAUGAUAAUCAAAGAGUUUGACGCCUUGCAAGAUCAACACACUAGCAGUUGGUUCCUUUUCAUCGCUUCCAGUGAAUCGUUCGGAUUAUACUUGGACGUCAUCAGUACUAUUUUCUUGACCAUUGUCACUUACCAGUUCCUUAUUUUUGACGAUGGUACUACCCGAAGCGGAAACGUGGGUUUGGUCAUCUCUCAGAGUCUUAUUCUUACGGGGAUGCUGCAAUACGGAGUCCGUCAAACCACGGAAGUCGCCAGUAAUAUGACUAGCGUCGAACGCAUCUUACAAUACACAAAACUAGACAAAGAAGGACCAUUCGAAUCGCUUCCCACGAAAAAGCCGAGUCGCGAUUGGCCGCAACAUGGCCGCGUCGUCUUCAAAGAUAUCUAUCUACGCUACAUCCCGGACGAUCCUCCGGUUUUGAAAAAUUUGAACAUCGAGAUCCGGCCAGCGGAAAAGGUGGGAAUCGUGGGCCGUACCGGCGCCGGCAAAUCCUCCCUCAUCUCCGCCCUCUUCCGCCUGACAAAAAUCGAAGGCGCCAUCGAGAUCGACAACGUAAACACCCAGUUCAUCGGCUUGCACGAUUUGCGAUCCCACAUUUCCAUCAUCCCUCAAGAGCCAGUAUUAUUUUCUAAUACAGUACGUUACAACUUGGAUCCGUUCGAGAAGUGCGACGACAGGACGUUGUGGGAAGCCCUCGAAAACGUCGAAUUAAAGGAUGCCAUUGAAAGCCUAAACCAAAGAGUUAAUGAAGGAGGGUCUAAUUUUAGUGCCGGCCAACGCCAACUCGUCUGUUUGGCUAGGGCCAUAGUUAGGAAUAAUAAACUACUGGUGCUGGACGAAGCUACUGCCAACGUAGAUCCGUCAACUGAUGCCUUAAUCCAAGCUACUAUACGUAAGAACUUCAAAGACUGCACGGUUUUGACUAUAGCUCAUAGGUUGAAUACCAUAAUGGAUUCGGACAAGGUUCUGGUGAUGGACGCGGGUCAAGCGGUGGAGUUUGGACAUCCGCACGAAUUAUUACAGAAUAAGGAAGGUUACUUUAAUAAAAUGUUAAAAGAAGUGGGGCCUACGUUAGAACAACAGCUACGACAAGUAGCGAAAGAUGAUUUUGAGAAAAAACGAACAAGUGAGAGCGAACAAGGUGAUAAAUAGGUAUUUUCUUACGUACCAAUAUACUUACAAACAAUAACGAGCUUCAGCUUGACUUAAAGUAUUUACUUAACAUAUACUUAACUGUCUACUUAAAUUUCAGAUUUAUUUAUUUUUGAUCACUGUUUUGUUUAAAUAAAUUUUAUAUCAAACGCAA